UGCACACAAUGAUGUUUAAAGCUUCAGAGAAUAAUCACCCGGUAUCUUUUUGUGCAACAAUUUCAGUUUUAGCGAUUUUUUCAUUAUCUUAAAAUUGGGUUUUAAGGCUGAAACAUUUCCAACUUUUCCUUCGCUUUUUCAUUGUUUGUGUGCAGAACUAUCUCCAUCAUUGGUCCAUUCAUUGAUCCAUUUGAUCUCUAUACCCUCAUAUUCCCAAAUGCUGUUUGAGGGUGUUUGCUUACGAACCAUUUGGGUAUUCAAUGCAGCCUUACAAUCAAUGGCAGGAAUUGAACACCAGCAUAUUUGCAAAGUGAAUGACGUGAAGAAUCCAUGCCGCUCUGGAUUUAACAGCCAAAGUCAAUUUUGGAUUGGUUUCCACUUUCUUAUCUUGCUGAUCACAAUCCAGCUAACUGAGUCCAUGAUGAGACACUUUGAAGGUUUGACUGCUUGACAAAUCGAAGGUCGACCUUCACUUUGGCCAAUAGAUCACUUCAGCGGUUCUUCUAUUUCAAUUGGUGUCAAUCUUUAAUUUUAGCCGUAGCAUCUUAAUUCAUGCUGAUACUGUCGGGAAGUAUGAAGCAUUGGCUUGGUUGUGUGGUGGAUUGGGAUGUUUUGCAACACUGAUAUUCUGCAUCGUGUUGCACUUUCGUCACUUGGCAUUUCUGAGCCUUUGUAACUAAAUGCCUUGGUGCGGUCAGGAACCAAAGGGUGACAAACAGUCAACUAAAUAUAGGUGUUAUUCACAUGAGGGGGCAUUCUUUGGACAUGCGGAUUUCUCUUUAUCACAAAAGAAUAAGAAGCAGAAUAACAACCCUACUGAACUCAAACCUCAAGAAAUAAUGACCAAAAGAGAGCUUAUUUUGUCAGUUGGCUCUAUAUGGAGUUCUGCAGCUCUUCCUCUUUCAUUUAUCUUAUCCAGUGAGAGUUCUCACCGAAAUCUUGAUCCGCAGGAAAAUAGUCUAAUUAAUGUAUUCCCUGUGGGGGAUAUUCAUAUUGUGCCUUCCUUAUCUGGCGGAGGGAAAACCCUGACCCAUCUGUGCAUUGACAAAGGCGUUUCAUUGCUUACAUCACAAAAUCUAGAAAGUUUGUGUGCUAAUACGAAUUAUCCAUUAUUUGAAUCUUGUAAUGUGAGAUACAGUUUGUGGAGAUCACUUCGCAUUGUACUGGACACGAGAAGUAAAGGCAUAGAUCUUGCCAGUCAAAGGAUAUCAUAUGAUCUUGAAAAUGUUUAUGGAUGGAUGAGCCAGAUAGCUUUGUGUGAAUCAAACUUAGGUUCUUCUUGGAUUCAAAACCACAGAUUUCAUAACUGCUUCUCAGGAAACUUAAACACUGGAAAUACUGACUGCCACACUGAUGUAAAACCCAUCAGUUCAAUGUUAGGUCAAAAUUUAGAUCUUCAUAGUAGUGGUAGUGCCUCUGAUAUUAUUACUUCAUGCUCAAAACAUGGUAAAGACUUUUGCCAUGGUCUAGAAACUGGGUUGGAUGAGAAUGGUCUGAAUCAACAGUUAAAUUCGGAGUCAGAGAUUGAUGUAGUAGCUAAGCACCAAUGCCAAUCACUUGCGAAACGAGAACAUGCUUUUGCUGGAGCAAUGGCGGGUAUUUGUGUCAGCAUAUGUCUUCACCCCAUGGAUACAAUUAAGACCAUCAUUCAGUCAUGUCAUGCAGAUCGGAAAUCUUUAUAUUACAUAGGCCGAUUGGUGAUCUCUGAAAGAGGCAUAAUGUGACUUUACCGCGGAAUUUGGAGCAAUAUUGCUUCUUCAGCACCAAUAUCUGCACUUUACACUUUCACGUAUGAAUUUGUUAAGGGAGCAUUGCUUCUUUUACUCCACACGGAGUAUCAAUCUUUAGCCCAUUGCAUUGCAGGGGGUUCCGCAAGUGUUGCUACUUCAUUCAUUUUCACUCCAAGUGAGCAUAUUAAACAACAGAUGCAAGUCCAUUCACACUAUAAAAAAUGCUGGGAUGCGUGUAUUUGUAUUAUUAAAAAUGGCGGGUUGCCGUCAUUAUAUGUUGGGUGGGGAGCUGUUCUCUGUCGCAACGUCCCACACUCAAUCAUCAAGUUCUACACAUAUGAGAGCUUGAAGCAAUUGAUGUCAUCACCCGUGAAAUUUGACCAUCAAAACAACACUGUAAUAACACUUGUUUGUGGGGGAUUAUCUGGAUCUAUGGCUGCAUUGUUCACAACACCUUUUGAUGUAGUGAAGACAAGGCUGCAAACACAGGUUCCUUGCUCCAAACAGUAUGGCGGUGUUCUCGACACCCUUAAAAAAAAAUAAAACAUGAAGGUCUUUCUGGUCUCUACAGAGGCCUGACUCCGCGAUUGGCAAUGUAUGUUACCCAAGGUGCUCUUUUCUUUGCAUCAUAUGAAUCUUUCAAAAAGUUACUUUCCUUAGAUGUCUGUCAACUUGCUGCGCAAAGGACUCAUCAAGAGCAAUGUUUUAAAGUAGAAGAUUCGGCACCAUUUUCUGUCAAAGUAUGAAUGUUGCACAACAGCCCCCCGUCAGAAUUCAUUUUUUU